AUAUCAGAGAGCUGCACAUUUGUGACACACAUGUUUUAGGUCUCAUUUUGGAGCUGUUUGAUUUUUAAACAUCAUUAGAUGAUGCAUUAAACACGAUUGUUCAUCUGCGCUGACUGCAAAAUCAAACAUUUUGGACUGAACACACAAAACAGCAGAUCUUUUUAUUUAGUGUCAUAUCUUCAGGUAAACAUGACAAACCAGUCAGCCCUCAUCCUGAGAAUGGUCUCACUGCUGCUGCUGCUGCUGCUGCUGCAAGGCACAGAAGCAAAGAUGGAGAUCAUUACCAGUAAAGAAAAUGUUCCGGUGGGACAAGAGAUCACAAUGCUGUGUCAAGCUGGUGGAGAGGGAAUCAUAACAUGGCAGAAGGAUGGGGAAGAUAUUGAAGAGAAGGUUUCUACGUUGGAUGAGACCACCUCUAAAUUCCAUAUUAUGAAGGCCACGAUGCAAGAUGCGGGCAAGUACACUGCCCUACAAAGGCAGAAGACCUUAAGUCGCCAGAGUGUAGAACUGAGAAAAAUGACUUUAAAGUAUUACACCUGUCACUGUGACUUCGACAACGGAGAUGAAGCUAAAGUUCAGAAAAUGAUCUACAUUUAUGAGGGUCCUUCUUUUGGAGGCACCUCGACUUACCAUGAGUUUCUGGAGGGCACAGAUGGCAUGGUGCCGUGCCUGGUGACAGGACAGCCAGCUGUUGAUGUUCACUGGUUCAGAGACGGAAAAGAAAUUUCAACCAAUGCAGGAAGAGGUGUGCGUCAUCUUCCUAAUAACACACUCUUUAUUCAAGGUGUGAAAAGAGAAGAUGCUGGGAUUUACUCAUGUCAUGCCGAAAUCAGAGGAAGGCCAAUCGACAAGCAACUAGCCAUCUCUGUUGUUGUCAAUGCUCAUCCUACUGUGCGUCUGAGAGAGGAGGUGAAAAAAGUGAUGGCUGGACCAGAAACCAACGUUACUUUACUGUGUUUGGUAGCCGGCCAUCCACAACCCAACAUCACCUGGACCAUGCCGAUGCUGUUUGACUCUUCACAUCAUCAGUUUAACUCAGACCACAGUCAGCUGACCAUCAGGUCUGUCGCCAGGGUGGACUACGGAGAGUAUGUCUGCACUGCCAAAAACAAGAUCUCUGAGAGCAACGCGACCAUCAUGCUUUAUGUUUUUGAGGCCCCAGAGGUGUUUGUGUCAGUAGAGUUGCUGAGCAUGUCAGUGGGUGAGGGUGUUUCUGUGUCCUGUAACGUCUCUGGGCACCCCCAGCCUGAGCUGCAUUGGAUCAACAAGCACAAUGGACAAACUCUGGACCUAACCACUGGUCGUGUCCAUGUUGUUGAUGGUGUGUUGACGAUCAGUGAGGUGGUGCCCUCUGAUGGUGGGCUGUAUUCCUGCAUGGCUGUCACCGCUUCUGGAAACGCUUCAAGAGAUGUUGCAAUUAUCACCCAGCCCGGUCCCCCUCACUACCUGUCUGUCGCACCUGGACCAACAUCUGUCCUCUUCUUCCUCAAAACCCCACCCGUCAAUGGAGGAUCACCCAUCACAAGUUACGUCCUGCAGUGGAGGCAAAGUGCAGCAGAGCAGUGGAAGGAGAUCGUCACAGCCCCUUCUUUGGGUAGAGAUCCUUUAAAGAUCACCUCCCUUAAGCCGUACACGCUGUACAUGGUGCGAUUAGCUGCCAUGAAUGUAAUGGGACCAGGACAGUUCUCAGACACAAACACCGUCCGCACACAUGGCAUACAGGGUGAACCAGAUAGUCCAGUUUUGUCCACUGAUGCAAUGAAAGUAGACGGCAACUCAUUCUCCAUCCCUCUUAAACAGACCGAUGAUGGAGGAACUCCUCUGCAGCACUUCAACAUACGCUACAAACAGGACAAAGAGGGGACUGAGUGGAAAGAGAUGCAGCUGUCGUCAGGUGCCGACUCUAUCUCUCUUCAAGGCCUGUCUUUCAUCUCAGCCUAUCAACUGGAAGUCACAGCGAUCAAUGCCAAUGGUUCCUCUAUCCCUGCCGUGUUCAACUUCACCACCGGUGCUCAGCCUGCAAGCAGAAUGACCAAAGGCGGCGUGGUCGCCAUCGUCAUGGUGAUCUUCUUGGUGUUGUUCCUUGUGGUUGACGCCUCGUGCUGCUACAUAAACCGCUGUGGCCUGCUCAUGACCGUCGCUGUGAGAUUGUUUGGACAAAAAGUUCCAGGCCUGCGAAUGCUGGACGAUGCAGAGGGGAAUACUAAUGGAGAGGUGAAGCUGAAGGGCAUGUCAACUCCCAGAGGCAGUCUUCAACAGACAGGGGUUCAGACUAUCACUAAGGAGGGGUGGCAGCUCACAGAGGUCACCUGUGACAAAGCUCCUCUCACCAAACACGAAAAAACACAACCAUGCAAAGACCUUCCCCAUGCUGAUGCAUGAAACCACUGAAACAAGAGAAAUGUGAGAUAGCAUGGAAAUAAAACAGCAGACUAACCGAGCCCUCACAGUCUCAAUAACGGAGUCAGAGAAGCUGGGGACAUUGGAAACAUCUUCCACAGGAAAGAUGAAACAUCACAACUGAUGUUUGGGUUAAAACAGCGUGUUUUGAAUGAUUGAAAGGAAGAAUGGCCCACAUUCGACCUCUCAUGACAACGUGUCCUCUGAAUGAGGCUACAGGCAGGAAAUGAUAUUCUUUUGUAGUCUUUUAUAUGUUGCUCUGUCAGUUCUCACGUACACUAGUACUAAACAAAUAUCUAAUUUUACAGGGUCAUUUUGAUAACGGUGUUUAACGGGGUAACAAUAUUGUUUUUGAAGUUAAUCUUCAAUUGCUUUAUUUUCACAAUAAAUGUUUACCUUUUGCUGCAAUUUGAAUGUUGUGGACUUGUAGGCAUGUUGUAAAGACUUAUUUUAUUUUUGAUAGUUGUUGAGUGUGUUUUGGAUAUCCUGUGAAAUGCAGCAUUUUUAGCUAUUUUGAAGACCUGUUUUUUCUUAAAUCCUCCUACUGUUCUCAAGUUGUUAUUAACUUUGAAUUGUUGCUGCUCAUAUGGUUAUUGAGGAAAUAUUUUACUUUUAAUGUAACAAUGUAUUCUGAUACUUAGCAGUAUUUUAUUAACGCUUUAAAAGGCAUUUCAGACAAAACUUAACCAACUCACCUUCAUGUAUUAUGAACUGAUAUUUAUUGCUUCCACACUAUAAGAGAUUUUCAUCACAAGAAACUUUGUACAUGAGUCCAUAUUAAGCUUUGUAGCCAUAAUCUUGAUCCCUUUAAAUGUUUCAGGUUGAACAGUAACAAUGGCAACAAAUAAUAACCUUGUUUUAAUACCUGUACUCAGUACAAACAAAUUACAAAAUUAACUUAUGUUAUGAUUUCUGACUUAUAAUUAUUUAUAAGAUAAGUCAAACAUUUAGCGCUGUUGCACCUCUUCUGUUUUAAAUAUUGUCAUGUUUGACUAUUCUCUGACAUAUUAAUUUUAUAUUUUGAUACUGAACACUGUACAUGGUUGUAUAUACACAUGUUGUUGCAUCUUUAUAUUUCAUAAAAACAUGGAGCAGCUUUUUUUACUUUGUUCUCCCUACGUUAAUUCUUUGUUACUAAUGGUGAUAUAAUGUCCGUCAUCCACUUUUAAAUCAUAAACACAGAGAGGAAAAUGUUUUAUGACCAAAUCCUUGUGCCCUUUAUUACUUCUCAAAAAUCGGACCUUUAACCAUUGGUUUAUUUACAUCAUUAUUGAAGUGAUGUUUCUGCUGUGUGUGGUGUUUACCAGAAACAUGAUCUGACAUGCAUUAGAUUUUAGUUGCAGAUGUUGUUUUGAUAUGAGCUCAAAUGUUUUAUAUUUAGACACAGAGAGCUCUCCUGUUACAGAGAUCUUAAGUUGAUGUUGUUUUUGAAGUGCAAGGAAUAGAUUUCUCUGACUUUUACAGAAUGAAGAUGUGAUUUGUUGUUAUUUUAUCAUAAUUUCUUUACAGUUUGUAAUUUUCCUACAUUUUGUGGUUUUGAGAUUGCAGCGUAGGCCUACAAUGUAGAUCUUGUGAGUGGAUGAAGUUUGAAUAUUGAGAGGUUAUCUCUUUUAACCAGGCAUGCAAAAAGCCAUAGAAAAUCCACACACCUAUCUGUAAUAGAUUGUAUUAACCAGAUAAGACGUUUUGUAAUUAGUUGAGACAAAAAAAGCUUGAGAAGUUAAAAAAAAAAAAAAAAAA